UUGGUUGCAAAAGAAGAAAAAACAGUCAUAUUUUACGAUCAUGUUUUGAUAUUUAAAUUCUCGCUUUAAUAUGUUUUACUGGGACGCCGUUUAUACAGGCACAUUUAAAAGCCAUUUACCCGGGGUAGCAAAACAAAAACAUGUAGAAUAAAUCAUUCUCCAUGUUUGUGUGAAUAAGCAAACUUCCCAUCCUUCUGAUGGAGCCCGCCUUCGCUUUCUCCUCCGUUUCAUUGCUCGAGCGCACAGGGCUCAGAAACUACUGCUGACCCAGAAGCUCAACUACGAGGGAGCCGCAUGCCGAACCUAACCACAUCAUCAUCUGGCAAAAUCUGGCGCCAUACAUUUGCAAAGCCCCCAUCGGCAACAGUCGGAAGUGAGGUUACGGCAACGGUCGGAAGAAGCACAAAAACACACACACACACACACACACAACCCGCACCAGAUCAAAAGACAUCCAAUACAGCCCCUGGGUGGGGGGGGACUGUCGGAGCAAUGAGCCACCGAUCAUUACCCCAUUGACACUUCAAACCCCCUCUCGCCGGGUGUGCCUCCUUGCAGCUGCCUCCAAACCGCUGCACUAGUAAGGAUUCACUAGGAAUGGAGGAGCAGGGCAGGGGAGGGGUGAAUGAAGAGAAGGAACUCAUUACUACACAUCCUACGAGCCGGACCGGCAAACGAAAUGUGUCGAUGCGGCUAGUGUUACCCGUGGGGCCCAACCGGCUUCGCGAACGUUCGUCGCCUCCACACCGGCGCUGGUUCCUGAAUGAAUCCUUACACCUCUCUGGCCGUCCGUCCGUCAACCCCACGGUCGGAAGGGGGUCAAAGCGGUGCAAGAGAUGGCACCUAGCGGGGGGGAAGGGGGCGGCAGUUUUCGUGCGAAAGAAACCGCAGCACUGCCAGGUACGCUCGCUUCGGUAUUGAUUUCCAGCCACCGCUUGAUGGGACGGCACGGGGACCCUUGAGGGUUCGGUUACACAUCUAUCCACCGGAGGGGUUUUUUUUUUGUAACGCCAGUUCCGAAUUCGAAAAGCUCCGCGUUUGUGUAUGUGUGUGUGAGUAAGAGAUGGAUGGUUUCUUCUUUUUAUGUUUUCGGGGGAAGGAAGGAAACCCUUACCUGUCGGGCAGCUCAGUUCGAGUUGGAUCGUGCAGCAGUAAGUACACGCGUCGUGGCAGUGCGUCGUCGUCACGAUCGCGAGGAAGGAACGUUUCCGUGUGUGUGUUUGUGUGUGUAAGAGAGAGAGAGAGAGAGAGAGAAAAGGAGAGAGCGAGAGUGGGUGUUUGGGAGCUGGCAAAGUGUACGAAAUUGAUGGGCUGCCCGCAUGUGCCCCAGGGCACACAGUGAGUGAUGCAAGGGAGCGUUUUGUAGGCAGGCGUCCCGGAACAGUGCCCCAAACCAGUCAACCCAACCCAAAACCCAAAACCGAAACCGAACCGCCGGGUAGCAAAGGUUAGCGCCGACGUGUCCGCAUCCUGCCGGCCAGUUCCAUGACCAAGCAAUCGGCAAUCAAACUGCUCAACAUGGUGGCGAACGGACGCAAGCGACACUCGUCGAUCAACGAGCAGCAGCUGGUGCCGCUCGAACCGCCACCGGGCAGCUGCCUGUCGUCGCCGACGGCGCCGCCGCCGCCGCCCGCUGGCUCCGGCACCGGCCGCUGCUAUCAGUCGUCCCUGCGCAGCUACAGCAAGUGGUCGCCGACCGAGCAGGGCGCGACGCUCGUCUGGCGCGAUCUGUGCGUGUACGCGACGGCCGGACCGGCCAAGGGCGGCGGCUGCGGGGGCGGGGACGGACCGCCCGGCUGCCACCGGCCCACGAUCAAGCGCAUCAUCAACAACGUGAGCGGUGCGGUCACACCCGGGACACUGAUCGCGCUGAUGGGCUCGAGCGGUGCCGGCAAGAGUACGCUCAUGUCGGCCCUCGCCUACCGUACACCCCCCGGAACCGUCGUCCAGGGGGACAUCCUGGUGAACGGGCAGCCGGUCGGGCCGUACAUGUACCGGCUGAGCGGGUUCGUGCACCAGGACGACCUGUUCGUCGGCUCGCUGACCGUGCACGAGCACAUGUACUUCAUGGCGAAGCUGCGGCUGGACCGGCGCGUCGGCCACCGGGCGAUCGACCAGACGAUACGGGACCUGCUCGAGCGGGUCGGGCUGGCUCGGUGCGCCGGCACCCGCAUCGGCGAGGCCGGCGACGGCAAGAUGCUGUCCGGGGGCGAGAAGAAGCGGCUCGCGUUCGCGACCGAGCUGCUGACCAAGCCGACGCUGCUGUUCUGCGACGAGCCGACGACCGGCCUGGACUCGUACGGUGCGCAGGCGCUGGUGUCGACGCUGCAGCAGCUGGCCCGCCGCGGCACCGCCAUCAUCUGCACGAUCCACCAGCCGUCCUCGCAGCUGUUCUCGAUGUUCGACCAGGUGAUGCUGCUGGCGGAGGGCCGGGUCGCGUACGCCGGCCGGCCGCACGAGGCGCUCGCCUUCUUCGCCCGGCACGGGCACGCCUGCCCGCCCAGCUACAACCCGGCCGAGUAUCUGAUCGGGGCGCUCGCGACCGCCCCGGGGUACGAGCAGGCGUCCCAGCGGGCCGCCCACCGCCUGUGCGAUCUGUUCGCGGUGAGCGAGGCGGCCGGCCAGCGCGACGUCCUCAUCAACCUGGAGGUGCACAUGGCGGAGAGCGGCGACUAUCGCGUGACCGACGAGGUGCAGCAUCUGGCCGGCCGGCCCCACUGGCUGCACACGACCGCCUGGCUGACGUACCGGGCGCUGCUGACGGUGGUGCGCGACCCGACCGUGCAGUAUCUGCGCCUGCUGCAGAAGAUUGCGAUCGCACUGAUGGCCGGGCUCUGCUUUACCGGUGCGAUCGAGCCGACCCAGCUCGGGGUGCAGGCGACGCAGGGCCUCCUGUUCAUCCUCAUCUCGGAGAACACGUUCACGCCGAUGUACGCGGUGCUGGCCGUCUUUCCCGAAACCUUUCCGCUCUUUAUGCGCGAAACGAAGAACGGCCUGUACCACCCCUCCCAGUAUUACGUCGCGAACGUGGCCGCGAUGCUGCCCGGGCUCGUGCUGGAGCCGCUCGUGUUCGUGCUGAUCGCGUACUGGCUCGCGGCACUGCGCCCCACGCUCCACGCGUUCCUGGUGACGGCGGCCGCCGCCACGCUCGUGAUGAACGUGUCGACCGCGUGCGGUUGCUUCUUCUCGGCCGCGUUCAACUCGCUGCCGCUCGCGAUGGCCUACCUGGUGCCGUUCGACUACAUCCUCAUGAUCACGUCCGGCGUGUUUAUCCACCUGAACACGAUGCCGGCCGCGACCCGCUGGCUGCCGUACAUCUCCUGGAUGAUGUACGCGAACGAGGCGAUGUCGAUCGCCCAGUGGGAAGGUGUCAGCAAUAUCACCUGCCCCGCCGUUGACGACAAGCUGCCCUGCCUGCGGACCGGCGGCGAGGUGCUGGAGCACUACAGCUUCAGCGAAACGCACCUGGCACCGAACCUGUGGGCGAUGGUGUUGCUCUACUUCGGCUUCCACCUGCUCGGCUACCUGUUUCUGUGGCGCAAAACCAAGCGCUAGGCGCGUCCGGGCAAUUCUCACCAUGUACUCGGCUUUUGUUUGGAAAUACACCAGAGCGAAACCGCGUUCACUGUGUAGCGUUUGGAUUUUUUUUUCUCUUCAUUUUAGCUGUUUACAUUUGCAAAACACUGCCAAUGGAAUUUUAACGGCAAAAAAGAAACAAAACAUCGCACGUGGUGAAUUUAGCAAUUCGAUGUUUAGCGACGACAGCGCAAUGAUGGUUUUUUCUGGGUGUGACGAGCAGUUUAUUGUUUUCUCGAAAGAAUAUUAUUACAGUCUGUUCCCGAGUUACGCGGUUCUCGACUUACGCGGAUUCGGAGAUACGCGGUUUUCUAAAUUUGACAGAUCAAAUGUCAAAUCAGUACAAUUUGCUUCAAGUUCGGUAUGAAUUGCAUUUUUGCUAACAAAUUGAAACCGCUUAAAAGCCAGAAAUAUUAGAAUUUUUCGCACAAAUCAUAUCAAAUAAAUGAUAAAGUGUAUAAAAGUACUAAAUAAAAUCAAAAACUCUGAUUAAUGAAUAGUAUUUUAUUCAAAAAAUGUGAAAUUCGACUUACGCGGAUAUUCGAGUUACGCGGAUUCGCCGGGAACGCAGAAACCGCGUAACUCGGGAACAGACUGUAUAGAGUUUGAUGAAUAUUUUUGAGCGUAAAGGCCGGGCUACAUUGAUCGUACUCGCAAGCGUAAUUUUGAUUUUCACUAGCGCAUCUGGCGGCGACUGGUGGAAGCUAUUUUUGGUCAUCCAGGGAAUGGUCAUGCCGGAUCUCAAAAUUAAGUAGUUUUUCCAUCGUUUUCCAUUGCAAAAAUGGACGCAAUGCGUGCAAAACAUGUGUAUCUACGUUUUACAAACCUUUCUCCUCCAUUUUUAGUAAAAAAAAUGGAAAAAUAACGUAUUUUCUGAAGCGGCUCCAAAUUGUUUGGAAAAAUGCUUCGGUCAGCCGCCGCCAGAUGCGCUAGUGAAAAUCAAAAUUACGCUUGCGAGUACGAUCAAUGUAGCCCGGCCUUAAGAAAUACAUUUUACUAAAUUUCUCCCAUAGUAUUGUCAGGGAGAGUCAAAAGAGUAAGUUAUUGAGUUAGAAUGAGAGGAUGAUUAGUAUUAUUGUUAGUAGUAAAAACACAAGUAAAAAGGUCGAUUAAUUAUCGAGAAUUGUAAUUGUUUUGCAUUAUGCUUUUAUUCUCCUUUUUUUCACUAAACAUAUAGCUGAGUUUGAGAUUAUCACCACGAGUUAUUUAAAUAAUAAGAAUCGAUAUCCAUUUGUUUAACCUGUUUAGGGUUGUUAGUAGUAGGCGACUUGAACCUAAAAUAUGCAUAGAAAAAAAAGAAUGCUCCAGGUUUGCUCACUAGAUGGCGUUUCAUAAGUCAUCAUUAUAUUGCUGUCAUUUUCUUGCAAUGUGUUUCGCAGCUUCUUCUAAUCAUGAUUUCGAACUUUCUAAGCAAACAUUUAUAAGAAUGAUGGCGUAACAUUGGACUUUAGCUUUUAAACAUUCGUAUCGCCUUUUUAGUUCUAGCGAUGCAUAACCUCAAUGCGAAACCAAACAACAAUACAGAGGGAAGGAGGAAGCUUUCAAAGCGAGGAAAACUCCACUGUAUUACUGUGUAUCCCACCAACAGAUGGCGCCACCAGCUUUAUUUAUUCCGUUUAGAUUAAGAGGUUGGGUCGUUUACAGCCCGUUUAGUGGUCGUUGGGUUAGGAGUCACUCGGCAGUAGCCCAAAUAGCCAGAAUUGCUUAAGCAGCUCAUUUUGGCACGCUACAGAUCGCUGCUUGAAUUCGCCUUUUGCAGUAGAUAAACAGCAUCAAAGUUCUAUGUGGGUCUUUCAAACAGCGCCUAAGCAGCUUCCUUAUGCCACGGUGCCAGGGAUUAUUUUUCUUUGUGUUUUAUUUUCAAGCAAGCGUCAUCGAUGAAAUAAACAACAGGAUUUGUUUUGUUUGUGUACAUGAGUAAAAUUUUUU